AUGUUUCAGCAUAUUAAUGAAUCUGAGAACAAUUCUUCUGUGUUUAUUCUAGAACACAAUUUGACAAUUGUGUUAUUUGGAAACUCUGCGGCAGUCCAGUUUCAACAUGACAAUUUUCUACUUGGAGAAAUACAAGCUGAUAUUGGAAAUGUAGAAAUAUCCUGGACCGUUCCUUUGCAGAUGAAGAUAUCAGGACGUCGUGUCUCAGUGAUCAACAUGAUUGGCUUACAUGAGACUGCACUUGACCUGGAUCCCCUCACUGGUCAACUAGUGAGUGAAAAUAAAAUAAUCUCCUUCAUCUUUGUUGUGCGACUGGGUCAGCUAACAGAUGCUGAUAAGAUGGGUAUUGAGUGGCUUCAGAGAGUAUUUGGUGACCGAGUUCUUCAGUUUGUGAUGAUUCUCUUCACCUAUGAGAGCGAGGAAGAGUCUGACUCUAUAAUAGACGAUCUGAAGGGAAACUCUCCUCUGGAGCGGCUGCUGAAGAAAUGCAGUGGAAGAUAUCAUACCUGCAGCAAGAACAUGACCAAACAGUCAGAGAUGAGAGACCUGAUGAGCAGAGUUGAGCAUCUGUUUAUUGAGAAUAACCAGCAGUGCUACACUAGAGAGAUGUACAACACUGCGUUAAGAAAGAGAGAAGACCUGCAAAACAGGACACGUCAAAGUGCACCAGCAGCGUUCGUGGAUGAGUCAGGUACCCAUUGUGGGAAGAUGACCAUCUCUGAGCUGUGUUCGAGACUCUCAUUCCUGCAAAGGGGUGGAGUCCCCAUGCCUCUGCCUCGAUCCAAUCCUCCUCAGAGGGUUGCUUUGGGCAGUGACGCGGGUGACCUGAGGAUCAUGGUGAGCUCGCUUCCUUCGGGGAACCAACCCCCUACGAACCCUCAUCCCUCUCAUGCUCCGCAGCCAAUUGAGUUACCAGUGGAACAUGCUGGACCAUCAUCGAGCGGUGCCCAAUUGGACCCAGAGAUGAUGGCCAUGCUUUCCCGGGCCACCAACAGGAUCGGGCUCGAGUGGAACCCUCCACCGUGUCCCGAGCCCUCAAGGCUGGACGAUUGGUAUCUCUGGGUGGUGCGCGCUGGUUCUCAGCAACCCACCCCAGUGCCUUUCUUCCCUGAGGUGCAUGGGGAGCUCACGGGGACGUGGACCAGAAACCGUCUCAGUGGCUCCUGCUCCCUCACCACCCAUGAUGGGGGGCAGCUAAGGGAUACACGUGUGUCCCGCCAGUGGAGCGGGCCGCUGCAAUGCAGCUGUGCCCUAACUCCACUUGGCGUGGAGAACCGUGUCUUCCUUCCCUGGCCUGUAGGCGGUCAGCUGCUGCCUUUACCCAAACGCCCAUGGCUCCCGCACCGCAGCAGCCUCCACCUAAACGGCGCCAUGGAGCCGCCCAUCCCCCCCCCCGCCCAGGCCCCCGCCAAGAACCAGAGAUGGAUGGGACUGCUCUCCAGGAGACGCGGGCAGCAGGUUCUAGAACGCAACCAAGCCACCGCCUGCACUCCGUGGAACCAGGCAAAAUUGGACAGUCGUUUAGAAGAUGGUGCAAGACUGAAUCAAAGCAUAGGAAAUGGAAUCAGAGAAAAAAUAGAACAUCUUUUUCAAAGACUCUGUCUUGAUUAUAGGGAUAACUGCAAACUAAGAGCUGCAGAUGUUCUUCAACUAACACACCAUUCUUUACAGUCUUAUGAGUCUUGUGCAGAGGAGGACCUUAUUCAGACUUUCCUACAAAAACUAUUGAUGAUGAACUACAAAGCAAGAUACAUUAAAACUAUAGAUAAGCAGCAUGACAGACAACAAAUAAACAAUGAUUUAUCUGAAGAUGAGGGUGAUGUCGAUAUUUUCAGAGAAAUGGAGGGAAAAAACAAUGAACAUACAAACAGAGAUGCUAUUCACCUGAUGGAUGUUCAGAUGGCCGUGUUUCAUUGUGCUGAUGGUUUCCUGAAGCAGCUGAUGGUGACUAAACUGUCUCAGUGUCAAUACGCUCUGCCUCUGCUUGUUCCUGAUCCAUUCACACAAGAGAUUGAGUUUCCUCUCUGGACAUUCAGACAAAUCAACAAGAGCUGGAAGAUGAAAGAUACCAACAAUGAAAUCAUCACUAAAAUCCAGCCAGUCUGGAAAGCAGAAACACCUAUGGUGUCUUUCUUCAAGUUUGGCUCAUUGUCCUCAUCCAAAUCUCAGCUGAUGAACAGUCUGAUUAAUGAGAAACACAACACAUUCUUCCACAGGAACUGCACAGGCAGCAGCAAAACCAGAGUACUGAUGGAUGGAGUGGUGGAGAUCGCCUGGUACUGCCCCUCUGGGAAAGACACAGAUAAUUUUACUCAAUGUGUUGCGUUCUGUAACCUUCACGGUGAUGCAGGAGACCAUGAGAAACAGCUGCAGAUCCUCACUGAAAUGUCUUCGGUCAAUGUUGUUAUCCUACCACGACUUGACAAGAAUGACAAGAGUGGAGUAAAGAUCCAAGAGCUGUACAAGGACAGAAAGCCACUCAUUUGUCUUUUUACUGAGGAUGAAAGUACAGUACAUGAAACAAGAAAAGGAAAAUACAAAAUUGGAUUAAAAGACAGAAAUCAGUCAGAUGUAUCUGAAGAACUCAUACAAGCUAUAAAUAAAUGUCUCUUGUCCUCAUCGUCAGAACCAUAUUUUAAUUUCAGACUUUUAGAUGUGUCCAGACACUCAGGUAUCAGAGUAGAUGAAGAUCAUGACAAUGACUGCAAGAGAGGGAAAGAAGCAGCACAGCAGAUGAUGGGUUUACUGGAGAAAAAAGAUCUGACAGAAAUCAAAGAAUCAUUUCUGCCCUGUCAGGGGAAACUGUGGCAUCAGUGGUGUGAAAAAAACAAAGAACUACAUCGAUCUCAGAGAAAUGAAAUAGACAUGGAAAUAAAAAAGAAACAAGAUAUGAAGAUAAUCCGUGAACGGCAGCAUGUGUUGGACUUUGGAUUGUUCAUGAAGUUUUUUAUAACAGAAAUUAAUUCACAGUCUCCAAAUGAGAAGAUAUUUUUUCUGAAAUGGCUCGCAAUCCUCCUGGAUGAAUAUACCUCAGCUGACCUUUCUGCUCUACAUUAUAAGUAUGAUGAAAAGUGGUCAGAAGUCUUAAAACUAAAAGAGAAAAUUGACAUACCUGAGCAACAAAUAGCAACAGAUUUAACUGAUGAACACACAGAACUUGAUAGGAUAUCAGAAGAACUUCAAGCUGCAACCUUUGGCUUGGAGCACAUCCUGAGGGAGAUCGGUCAGAUCUAUGAAUCAUGUAAAUCAGUGAAUAGUAACAAGAAAGGACUACCAUGUAAUUUCUCUUCUCUCCCGAGUCUCGCAGCAGACAUGAUGAUCUCUGGAUUUCCACUGGAGUUGAUGGAUGGGGAUGCUGCUCAUGUUCCUGUGGUCUGGGUUACUGCUGUUCUACAUGAACUCAUCAAGAAACUGGGAGACAAGAGAGUAUUUGUGCUGUCAGUUUUAGGGAUUCAGAGCUCAGGGAAAUCCACUAUGCUGAACGCCAUGUUUGGACUGCAGUUUGCUGUCAGCGCUGGCAGGUGCACCAGAGGAGCUUUCAUGCAGCUGGUCAGAGUGUCAGAGGAGAUGAAGAUGAAAGAAAAGCUGAAGUUUGACUAUAUUCUGGUUGUUGAUACUGAGGGACUUCAUGCACUUGAACUGUCUGGAAGGUCAACAAGGCAUCAGGACAAUGAAAUGGCCACAUUUGUUGUUGGUCUUGGUAAUAUGACAUUGAUCAAUAUCUUUGGAGAAAGUCCAUCCGAGCUGCAGGACAUUCUUCAGAUCGUUGUUCAGGCCUUCAUGAGGAUGAAAAAGGUCAGACUGAAUCCCAGCUGUAUGUUUGUGCAUCAGAACGUUUCAGACAUCACAGCUGGGGAGAGAAACAUGGAUGGAAGGAGACGGCUGCAGGAGACACUGGAUGAGAUGACAAAACUCGCUGCUAAAGAUGAAGUCUGUGAUGCAGAAUGUUUCAGUGAUGUCAUCACUUUUGAUAUACAGAAGGAUAUAAAGUAUUUUGGACAGCUCUGGGAGGGAAGCCCACCGAUGGCACCACCAAACCCAUCAUACUGUGAAAACAUCCAAGAGCUAAAGACAACGUUUUUUACCCAAGCCUCAAAAUCAAAUGGCUUAGAGCUGACACACCUAAAAGAUCGUAUUAAUGAUCUCUGGGAGGCUUUACUGAAUGAACGAUUUGUAUUCAGCUUCAGAAAUGCUCUGGAAAUCGCAACAUACCGAAAACUGGAGACAGAAUACAGCAAGUGGUCUUGGAGUCUUCGCAGAACCAUGCUGGAAAUAGAGAACAAACUCUACAACAACAUCGAAAAUGAAACCAUUGAUGAUGUUUCAGAAAGUGAUCUUCAAGGAAAACUAAAAGUGAAAAGUGGAGAAAUAGAAAAAUCAAUGUCAGAAUUCUUUGAGAAAGACAAAGAUAAAUAUACACUUAUACAGUGGAAAACAUCAUUUGUCAUCAAAAUCAAAGAGCUUCAGGAGAACAUUGUGAGAGAAACAAAGAGGAAAUUAAAUGAGAUUCUUCAGCAGCAAGAUAUGAAGAAAAAGAUCGAUGCUCAGAGGACACGUCAUGAAAAUACCCUCUUGGAAAAGAGCAAAGAACUCGCCUUAAAACUCAAAGACAAAGCCAAUGAUGAAACAAAUCUGAAAAAAGAGUUUGAUUCCUUUUGGAAAAAUUGUGUUAAGAAGAUCACCGAAGAAACUCUUCCAAUCAGAGACAUUGAUGUAUUAAGAGACAUGAAGCAACUUCUCAGUGAUAUCCAUGAAAGUGUACCUGUAGACAUCUGGACAGAGAGCAGGGAUAUUUUCUCUGUGCUGAGUUAUUCAGAUUAUGUUCAGUUAAAGAAAUCCAGUGGAUUUACAGGACAUGCUAAAAACAACAUCAAAACAGAAAAAGAGAAAUUAAGUUACACUCUGUCUAAAGAAGAUGAAACCCAAAUAAAAAACUUGGUUAAUGACAUUGCUCAACAUGUAGAUAAAAUGAUCACGUCAUAUAACAUUUCAAAGAUGGGCUACAACAAAAGCUACAUUCAAGAACUUGCAGAUCACAUUAAGACAGAAGUAGUGCUUUAUGAAGAAGGUACUGUAAAGUAUGUGUUCACAAAGGAAUUUUACAUGGUUUUGGUCAUGUCCAUAUGUAAGAGAGAAAACAAAUUAAUUACUGACCAGCACAGAAAGUUCAGGGAAGCCAACGAUCCUGUUUUCUACUUUGAAAAGAAGAGCAAAGAGUACUAUAGUAUUUUCCAGAAAUACUGUCAAGGUGCAACAUCAGCUGCCAUUUUUGCUGAGAUCAUCUGUCAGAAACUGAAAGAGCCAAUUCAAAAGAGUGUCUACAAAGAUACUGCCAGAGAUUUGACUAAUGAAAUUAAAACAAACUGUGAAUCGCUAAAUGGAAACAGAUCAAAACUAGAGAAACACAUCCUAAAGACUCUGGCAGAAGAGGAGGAUUUUGACAAAUUCAUUAAAUACUUUGACAGUCCCAAAGAUCACUUCAAGAGUUUCAUCAGAGAUGAAGUCAAUCAGUACAUAACUGAUAACUUCGGAGUCCGUGUUCGGCCCAAGAUGAAGGAGAACAUUGAACUCCUGCAACAGAAGAUCAUGGCAGCGGCUCACCGAGCAACUACACGGGUCAACACGACCAGCGGAGAUGUUCAGAAGUGGCUAAAUUACUUCACACUGCAGCUUUCAGAUGUGCUGAUAUUCUCUGUAAAGGACCUCAGUGGAGUGAGUCAUGAUGGUGUUGAUGAUUUCAAUGUCCUAGAAGAUGUGAUACACGAAGAACUUGGUUCAGUAUUAUUUGAAAUACAACAUAAAUUCAGCAAAGAGACAUUUCCAGAAAAUCUGGAACACAAGGACAGACCCGAUGAGAUUCUGACUGAUCAUCUCUGUCAGUGCUGCUGGGUUCAGUGUCCGUUCUGUGCAGCCACUUGCACUAACACUGUAGAAAACCAUACUGGAGAUCACAGCGUUCCUUUCCAUCGAGUAAAUGGUCUCACUGGGUGCUGUUAUGAGGAAACAGAGUAUCUCAGUUCAGAUUUUUGUACAUCUUUAGUGAAAACUUAUAAAAAGUUUUAUAUAGGUCAGUGGAUUCCAUGUAGAGAAUAUAGAAAAGCAGGAAAUGUUUAUGCAGAGUGGAGCAUCACCCCUGAGUUCUCUGAGCUGCCAUACUGGAAGUGGUUUGUGUGCAGAUUUCAAAAAGAUCUGAAAAAACGCUUUGAGAAAACGUUCCACAGGUGGGAUUACAUUUCAUAUGAUUGGAGCCAAUACUCAAAAGAGCAGGCUAUCGAGAGUUUAGAUAAAUACACCCAAUGA